AUUGGGCGGAACUAUAGUUUCACAUCGCCAUUCGAAGUAGGAUUUGUUUUUCUGUAACACACGCACCAUGGCCGUCGAAGCACUUUGGUUCUAGCUCAUUUGAAGCUAUCUCUUUCUUUCUUUGCUUUGUCGUUGCGUUUGAGCCGGAAUUUAGCUGUGAUGUGAUGUCGGAUAAACGGCAGCGUGCCAGAGUUCAGGGCUCCUGGGCCAAACAAGUGCCAAAACACUCAGGUGCAGCAGGUCCAAAAGUUGCAGUGCCAAACAACCACCAACCUAAAGAUGCUAACACAGCCUCUGGUUCUUGGGGAUUUGGGUCCCAACAAACAUCUAAGAAUUUUGAGUUUCACCAGCCCUCCAAGCCAAUUAGAGAGGUUCCGCAGGAGAAGGUGAUAGAGAAAACAGGUGACUAUGAGAUCAGCCAUGGACCAUCAGGGGUGUCCAGACUGCGGCUGCUGUCUGGGUUUCUUCCCCCAGAAGAGGCUGACUGGAUGUUCAGUAAGCUGCUAGCAGAGCUUCCCUGGUCCCAAAAGACCAACUACAGACAGGGUGAAGCCUACGAGGAGCCCAGGCUGACCUGCUGGUAUGGAGAGCUGCCAUAUACGUACGCUCACUCCACCAUGGCAGCCAACACACAGUGGCAUCCUUUACUGCUAACCCUUCGCCUGGCAGUGGAGCAGGCGAGCGGCUGCAGCUUCAACUCCCUGCUGUGUAACUUGUAUCGCGAUGGCCAUGACAGCAUCGGCUGGCACAGCGACGAUGAAGCCUCCCUGGGUUCUAAACCCGUCAUUGCUUCCCUCAGUCUGGGUGACACCAGAGUGUUCAGCCUUCGCAAGCAGCCUCCACCGGAGGAUAAUGGUGACUACACAUACGUGGAACGGAUUCGGGUUCCUCUGACUCACGGGACACUUCUGCUGAUGGAAGGUGCCACGCAGGACGAUUGGCAGCAUCAAGUGGCUAAAGAGUACCAUGACAGGGGCCCACGCAUCAACUUGACUUUCAGAACUAUCUACCCAGAACCAGAGGGCCACAGGCCGGGAACCAAGAUACGAUUCACAUCCAAGCAACCGUAAAUUCCCCUCAGUCAGGUACCUAAGGCUAAGAAAACUGUGUCCAGUUCUUCUGCAUUUCAGACUUACAGUGCUAGAAGUGAGAUGGAUGAGAGAAAAACAAGACAAACUAAUCAGUGAUGGACAUAAUUUCAUUAAAAAAAACAAAAAACACAGACAAGCUAGACAGAGUGAACAUCAUUAUCCUUCUUAUUGAGCCUUGUACCCAAUUUCAGCUGUGUGAAAAAAGUCUAGUAAUCACAUCAGUGAGUCACACACUACAAUAUGAAUAACAUCAUAAUGCUGUAAUCAUGAGCAGCCGUGAUUCUCGAAUGUCAGUGUUUUCAACAAAACUGAGCAAAAACAAUGGUCCUGUCAUUGGGUUUAAGUCAUGAUACAUCAAAACCCUACAUGUUAUGUUGUAUUUAUUUAUUUGUUCGUGACUGAUAGUUGUUUAUACUCACACAUUUUGAAAAAAGUGUUCGGUCAGUUUCUUAGUGACUAAAGUCUCAGGAUAAAUGUAAUCGUGGUUGGGGAAUGUUUGUAAGAAAUGCCUUUUUUUCUUCACCUUCCAGCAUAUACCUUCGGAUAUCAAAACGCAUGUCCUUAUUCUGAAUAUUGCCCUGGUGAGUUACUUAAAUUUAUUUGAUUUGAUUGGAAUUUUAUAGCAAACUUUCAUGGGACCUACAGUUGUUAUAGGUUGUUUAUCAGUCAUUUGGUCUAAGAAGUACACUACAGUUCAAAAGUUUGGGGUCACUCAGAAAUGUCCUUAUUUUUGAAAGAAAAUAAUUUUUUUGAACUGAGAUAACAUUAAAUUAAUCAAAAAUACAGUCUAGACAUUGUUAAUGUGGUUAAUGGCUGAUUUUUAAUGGAAUAUCUUCAUAGGGUUACAGAGGAACAUUUCCAGCAACCAUCACCAACUGUGUUGUAAUGCUACAUUGUGUUAGCUAAUGGUGUUGAAAGACUAAUUGAUGAUUAAAAAAACCUUUGUGCAAUUAUGUUAGCACAUAAAUAAAAGUGAGUUUUCAUGGAAAACAUGAAAUUGGGUGACCCCAAACUUUUGAACGGUGCUGUACAUGUGUGCAUAUCAAUAAUUCCAUGUCACUGGAAUGUGUCAGACAGUCAAACAUUUAUUGUCAGAGUACUCAGUGUGCAGAAUGUCCCUCUUGAUAUUUAUUUUGGUAAAUUGUCCUCAAAUGUGAAUAAUUUUCAGCCUUGUUUAUCUUGGCGAGCAUCUAGAAAGAACAUAGUUAUUAAAGUGAAGGAACAAGUGAAUCUCUAUGACUGUCCCUUAAAGAGAUAGUUGUUUUUACAAUGUAAAUGAAAGACAAUGAACCAGCACAUUGUCAGUAUCAACCCUUCAAAAUAAAUCACUUAAAAUACUUAUUUGAUUAAAUAAUUUCUGAUUCUGCCACAGUUACAAAAAUAACUGUUUUUUGUUUCAUCUGAAAAAAUGUUGUUACUUAAUAUUAGGUUAAAUGUUUGAAACCUGAACUUUUGAAUUACACCUUGUAUUACACCCACUUUGACAUAUGAGUCCUUCAAGUGUUGUCGCCACUGAUGCCACAGCCUGAGCACCAGUUGUAAAACCUGUCAGUACUUUUCUUUGGUAAAUAAAGAAAUGGAGACAAUUUUUUUGUGACAAA